GGAAUUACAAAGGACUGGGGGCUGUGGAACCUCUGGCCUGACCAGGUAUGCAGCUGUGUGUUAGAAGAGCACACACAGAUCAGAUCUGGCUUUUUCAUCCUGUGAGAUGAAGGAAAUGGAGGCCAAAAGGAAAUGCUACUGUCGUUCAGAAGUACGCAGCAGUAGCAGAUGCCAUAGAGGAGGGGAGAACUCAUUAAGGUCAAGGACAGUGGAAAUCAGAGUUGCUGGAAACCCACCAGCAGCAGUGAGAGACUUGGAGGAGAUCCUGGUCAGUGUAAUGGAAAUAAGACAGAGAAAGGAAAACAUGGAGGAAAAAGCACCCAGAUCCACCAGGUAUUUUGGAAUAGAACUGGAAAAAUAAGAGGCUCGUGGUGCACCCUGUAUUGCUAUGGCAGAAGAGUUUUGCUAGGAGCCUCCUUCCAGUUAUUUAAGAACACUCUGAAAAUUGCUUGCAGAAAGCACGGCUGCUUUUUGGUCUCUGUCCACAGACAGAAGUGUGGUAAGAAACAAACAACAAACAACAAGGAGUUGUAAGAGCAAAUCCGAAAUGUGGAUUUACAGGAUGUUGGUGUUGGGAAAGUGAACUCCACAAACCAAGCACACUGAUGUUGGAUAGAAGAGAGCAGCAUGCUCACAGAACUGAAGGCAUCUAUUUUUCUCUUCUUUUUCCACUGCUCAGCUGGCACUGAUCCUCCCUUCAUAGCACUUGUAUGCCCGUGUGCUUCCUUACCACCUUUCUGACUGGUUUACUUCUUUGAUACGCAGUUCUUAAUUGCAUAGAGGUUCAUGAUGCCAAAUUAAUGAGUGCUUCUUCACCAGGGAGCACAUCCAUGUGGGUGGAGAGGUUUCUUCACAAUUCCUGGUUCAGCAGUGGGCUCAUUGCAGGAAUAACCAUCCUCAAGUGAAGGAAGCUGUAGCUGUAGAUGUCCCUGUUCAUUGCAGGGGAAUGGAACUGGAUGAGCUUUGAAAGUCCCUUCUAUUCACAUGAGUUUGUUACUCUAUGAAGUGUCUUACCACUGUAGCAAGCUGAAGUGGUUAUGUGUGGGAAUUCCUUCAGAAAUACAGGAAUUUGCAUAGAACAAGGAUGGUGGUGUCCAGCCUGAGCUGCAGACAGCUCCACUAACGAGAGUGCAGUUGGUCCCAUUCAGAUUUGCAGUUAUCCUGGGGAUGUUGAAAGGUUCAUUUUUGCUGCUGACAGCCUCGGAGACAAUCCACCAUGCACGUGGCUCAAUGUGGAAGAGCGUGUUGUGGUGUUUUCUGUCUUCCUAUAAAGCAGUUUGAUGCUUUUCUAAUUACAGAUCUCUAUGAUAUUUUUUUCUCUGGCAGAAAGCCUGAAAUUUCCAAUAGUAAAGUGUCUGCCAGACAUGGAGCCCUUGGAGCAGGUGCAGAGGAGGGCACUGAGAUGAUCAGAGGGCUGGAGCAGCUCUCCUGGAAGGGAUGCUCAGCCCCUAGCACCCCCCCGGCCAUGAGCAUGUCAGCCCUUCCUGAGCCCCUGGGCCGCCCACGGAGCAGCUCCUUCCGCAGCCUGGCUGGGACUCUGGAGGCCAACCUGGGCAUGGGGACUCUGGAGGAGGACAGGGAGGAGAUGCGCAUCCUCAAGGUGUGCUUCUACAGCAACAGCUUCAACAUGGGCAAGAAUUUCAAGCUGAUCAAGUGCCCCGUGACGACAGAGAUCCGGGAGGUGAUCAGAUCCAUCCUAGUGAGCGGCCGCAUCGGGCCCAACAUCCAGCUGUCCGAGUGCUACGGGCUGCGCCUGAAGCACGUCAAGUCAGACGAGAUCCACUGGCUGCACCCCGAGCUGACGGUGGGUGAGGUGCAGGAGAAGUACGAGUGCCUGCACCUGGAGGCCGAGUGGAGGUACGACCUGCAGAUCCGCUAUCUGCCUGAGGACUACAUGGAGCGUUUCUUAGAGGACAGGACCACGCUUCUCUACUUCUACCAGCAGCUCCGCAGCGAGUACAUGCAGAACUACGCCAGCAAGGUGAGCGAGGGCAUGGCCCUGCAGCUGGGCUGCCUCGAGCUCAGGAGGUUUUACAAGGACAUGCCCCAGAAUGCGCUGGAUAAGAAGUCCAACUUCGAGUUCCUGGAGAAGGAGGUGGGCUUGGACCUGUUCUUCCCCAGCCAGAUGCAGGAGAACCUGAAGCCCAAGCAGUUCCGCAAGAUGAUCCAGCAGACGUUCCAGCAGUACGCGCUGCUGCGGGAGGAGGAGUGCAUCCUCAAGUUCCUGCAUACACUCUCCACCUUUGCCAACAUUGACCAGGAGAGCUAUCGCUGUGAGCUCAUUCAAGGGUGGAACAUCACAGUGGACCUUGUCAUUGGGCCGAAGGGCAUCCGGCAGAUGACAAGCAAGGAGGCCAAGCCCACUUGCCUGGCUGAGUUCAAACACAUCAAAUCCAUCAAAUGCUCCAGCGUGGAGGACGGCCAGGCUGUGCUGCAGCUGGGGCUCAGCGGCACCCCCCAGUCCCUGGCCAUCAAAACAUCGUCUCUGGCUGAGGCAGAGAACAUGGCUGACCUCAUUGAUGGCUACUGCCGGCUGCAAGGGGGCUUGGACACAUCGCUCAUCGUCUUCCCCAGGAGAGAGAGGGAGAAGAGGAGCAGCCUUCCACGGAUUCCCAUCCCGCACCUGGAGGAGCGACACUCUGCUGUGUCUGACAGCCUCAGCGUUGACUCUGAGAUUUAUGCUGAAAUCCCUGACGAGACCUCACGCCCGAGAUCUGGAGCCCAGCACUACGGGAUCUGCCGGGAGGACAUCACACUGGGAAGGAUCCUGGGCGAAGGCUUCUUCGGCGAGGUGUACGAGGGCACCUACACCAACCCGAAAGGGGAGAGGGUGAAUGUGGCUGUGAAGACGUGCAAGAAGGACUGCAGCCCCGAGAACAAGGACAAGUUCCUGAGCGAGGCGGUGCUGAUGAAGAAGUUGGACCACCCCCACAUCGUGAAGCUCAUUGGCAUUGCAGAGGAAGAACCCACGUGGAUCAUCAUGGAGCUGUACCCCUAUGGGGAGCUGGGUCAAUACCUGGAGCAGAACAAGCACUGCCUCGCUGUGCCCACGCUCGUCCUGUAUGCACUGCAGAUCAGCAAAGCCUUGGCGUAUCUGGAGGCCAUCAACUGUGUGCACAGGGACAUUGCAGUGAGGAAUAUCCUGGUGGCAUCCCCAGAGUGUGUGAAGCUGGGUGACUUUGGGCUCUCCAGGUACAUCGAAGAUGAGGAGUACUAUAAAGCGUCUGUCACCCGUCUCCCCAUCAAGUGGAUGUCCCCUGAGUCCAUCAACUUCCGACGCUUCACAACAGCCAGUGAUGUCUGGAUGUUUGCCGUGUGCAUGUGGGAGAUCCUGAGCUAUGGCCGGCAGCCCUUCUUCUGGCUGGAGAACAAGGACGUGAUCGGGGUGUUGGAGAGGGGCGACCGCCUGCCCAAGCCCGACCUCUGCCCACCCAUCCUCUACACCCUGAUGACGCGCUGCUGGGACUACGACCCCAGCGAGAGGCCCAAGUUCAAGGACCUGGUUUGCAGCUUGAGUGACAUUUACCUGAUGGAGAAGGAGCUGGCCAAGGAGCAGGAGCGGAACAACCGCCACCGGCCUCCCAAAAUCAUGGAGCCACCAACUUCCCAGGAGCCGCCCCCCAAGCCCAGCAGACCCAGGUACAAACCUCCACCCCAGAGCAACCUCCUGGCACCCAAGCUGCAGUUCCAGGUGCCCGAGGGUCUGUGUGCGAGCUCACCCACCCUCACCAGCCCCGCCGAGUACCAGUCUCCAGCCAGCUCCCUGCACACCCCUCCGCUCCACCGCCACCACGUCUUCAAGCGCCACAGCAUGCGGGAGGAAGACUUCCUGCGUCCCAGCAGCAGGGAAGAGGCACAGAAGCUGUGGGAGAUGGAGAGGCUGAAGAUGCGGCAGGUGCUGGACAAGCAGCAAAAGCAGAUGGUGGAGGACUACCAAUGGCUGAGGCAGGAGGAGAAAUCCCUGGACCCAACAGUGUUCAUGAACAACAACACUGCUCUGCUGCUCCCGGAGAAGGAGAUGGAUUACACGGAGUUCACGGCCCCCCCCCAGAAGCCUCCAAGACUUGGGGCACAGUCCAUCCAGCCAGCUCCCACUGCCAAUCUGGACCGCACGGAUGACACGGUGUACAGCAACGUCAUGGACCUGGUGAGAGCUGUCCUGCAGCUGAAGAAUGAGAUCAGCCUCCUGCCCCCAGAGGGAUACAUCCUCGUGGUGAAGAACGUGGGCCUGUCCCUCCGCAAGCUGAUCGGCAGCGUGGAUGAGAUCCUGCCCAUCCUGCCCGCCACUUCCCGCACCGAGAUUGAAGGGACCCAGAAGUUGCUCAACAAGGACUUGGCUGAGCUCAUAAACAAGAUGCGCCUGGCACAGCAGAACGCCAUCACCUCGCUGAGCGAGGAGUGCAAGAAGCAGAUGCUGACAGCCUCCCAUACCCUGGCUGUGGACGCCAAGAACCUGCUGGACGCUGUGGACCAAGCCAAGGUCCAGGCCAACCUGGUGAAGCUGUGCGUGGAGUGAGGGAAUAUGAAGGGGUGGGGAAGGAGAAGAGGAGGAGAGGCAGCGUCGCCUUGGUCGGUAGCGAUGGGAGGAGAGCGGUGCGGACGAGCUGGCUUCUGUGUGUCUCCCGUGGCCUCGCCGCCCUGUCCUCCAUGUCCCCCUCCUCCUGCAGCUGCUUGUGUCUUUAGCAUCAUCUCAUCAGUCUUCUGAAGAAAGGAGGUGCCUGGUGACGCAUCCCUCCAAAGGACUGGGGGUGGCCUGGCUGUCCCCAAGGGUGGAUGAAGGUCCCUUUGGGUUCGGUGGCACCAACAGGGCUGUGUGUCCAUUCAGUGUUCCCAAUGGGCCUGUCCAGUGGGUCCAUGUGUCUAUCCAAUGGGUCCCCAUGUCCGUCCCAUGGCCCCUCCCAGGGACAGCACAUCCAACUGGGGACCUGCGCCCUGCUGCUCAGUGCUGGGAGCUGGGGACACAGUGACCAGGGGAGCUGGCUUCCCAGGAGGGGCUCGCUGGAGGGACUGUUUGCAUUUCCUUGUACAUUAUAUAGAAGAGUUUAUUUAAUGAUGGGCGUGCGUCGGGUCGGUUCUCGCGUCCAGCCCCAGCCAGGGGAGUGUGGGAGGGAUGGGUCCUUGUGCCCGCAGCCGUCAGUGCCACAAAUCAGUCGGGAGGAUGGGGCCUCUUCCAGCUGAAUUUGCUCCAAGCUACUCCAUGUAAACGACAACAGCAACAAAUUCUCUGUUUGGUUUGUGCUUGAAUUGGAAUUCGUACGGUUUGGGCUUUUCCCCAGCAUCUUCCCACAACGCUGCUUGCGCUGGCUGAGAUAAACCAU